AUGACUGAUUAUGAAAAUUACACCCUGCGUGUGAACAACUUUGCGUUGCAUGACUUGAACGAUCCGAAUUUCUGGUCUCCCGUGGAUGGCGGUGGCACCUCAAGUCGAGUGACUUCGUCAACUGCAGUUCAAACACUGCAGUUGAGUUCAAGUCCAAGCCACUCUACGAAGAUCGACAGGACGCUCUUAAGAAAACAGUCCUACAGUUCAGGGCAACUCAAAGUCGUGCUCGGUAAAGAGGAUCAUGGUGGCAAACUCUCGUGUGUCGCUUGGAACAACUUCUUCCCGAACUACAAAGUGAACGCCACUAAGACUAUUCACGUUAAUUAUGCUCCGGAAGUUGAAUUGGAAUUGGGAGUCAAAAUCGACCCUUCACAGGUGCGUGAAGGCACAGACUUGUACUUCACCUGCAAGGUGGACUCGCGGCCUCCAGCAGACCAGCUCUCCUGGACACACAAGAACCGUACGCUUAAGAACGACCCAGUGCUGGGUGUGUUGAUGUCUGGUGAGCAUUUGGUGCUGCAGUCCGUGACACGGGACUGGAGCGGCACUUUUUCCUGCACAGCUGCCAACUCCGUCGCCUCUGUGGUAACCAACACCAUCAACAUCAGCAUCUUAUAUGCCCCGGUGUGUUCGAUAAAAGUGAGACGCGUGCAUCAGGUUCAAUUGGGCGAAUUCGUCAGUUUGUCGUGUAAGAUUGAAGCCCAGCCCAUCGACGUACAGUUCGAGUGGACGUUUGCUACCAACGUUUCAAAGCAAGAGCUGGUGUCGGAAGAGUGGGUUCUGUCAUCAGAACAGCAAUCACGACUCAGGUACCGGCCUGAGAAGCUUUAUGAUUACGGAAUUAUUCGCUGCUUUGCCAUCAAUGCUAUCGGCAAGCAGAAACAACCGUGCGAAUAUUCCGUCGAGCCUGCCCCAGCUCCUGUUCCUCCGACGUUGAACUGCUCAGUUACGAACCAGUCCUGGCAGAGCCUCAACGUUCACUGCGAACUUAAUCAAGAAAACUCGACUGCUGUCGAGCGCUCCAGAAUGACGCUCGACAGUCAAGAAAUGAAGGAGCGCAAAGAACUCGAGGCUCUUCUAGAGGAGUGGGAGACUGGAGACGCUGCACCUCAGCGCGCGCAGGGGGCUGCGCAGGCAGCCGGUGACGUCACAACUUUCUUUACUCUCACAGUUGAGAGCUUGAACUCUCAACAAGUCUUCUACAAUGCAACCAGGCACCUUUGA